AUGGGGGACCAGCAAUUAUAUAAAACUAACCAUACUGCCAACAACAACGAGAACUUGUACUACCAACAACACCAAAUGAACUCCCUUUCAUCUCUAAAUCAUAGCUAUGGGACAUCUGUUAUGGAUGCUUCCCAGGCAUCCCCCCUCUCCCCACAGUUUCCCCAAGAUUCGAGGGACAGUAUAGCUUUGCCUGUAGGUUCAAAAAGUCUUGGUUCAAUGGAUACAUCUAGACAAACCAGUUGGACACAUUCUGGCUCAGGAAACCAUGUCCCAGUGAGGAACAAUUUGAAUAAUCAAAGCGCGAUGUGGAGCCCCCUCGGGCAGGGGGAAUCCCAUGACGGAUACCAAUAUCCUUACUCUCAACCCAGUGAAAAUCGAUCGCAAAAAAUGACCAGUGGGGUCCUGCAUAAAUUGGACUCCUUUACACAAGUAUUUGCCAACCAAAAUUUGAGAAUUCAAGUCAACAACAUGGCUCAGGUUUUACACACCGAGUCUUCGAUGGUGGAUAACUCUGGUGACAGUGCGCUCCGGCAGCUGCUGUCCCAGAAACCAGUGGUUGAGCAACAGCCUGUAACUUCCACUGUACAAAGAUAUCAACCAGUGCCACAGCAAACACAUCAGAAUUUUGCAAGCACACAGCAAAAGCAACAAAUGCAAGUCAUGCAGCACCAACAGUUGUACUACGACUACCAGCAGCAUUUAUCACAAAUGCAGAUGCAUUCUGCGUUUCCGCAGGGACAGACACACAUUCCACAAAUGCAGUCGCAGCAGCUCUUACCGCAACAGAUGCAGCACUUGCAGCAGCCUCAGUACUACGCUCAGCCCCAGCAGGGACAUCAGCGGCUCUCGAUACAGGAGAUGCAGCAGCAGCAGCCGCCGCCAGCUCGGCAGCCGCGACAGUGUCCAAUGCCAAUCGCUCAGUAUUACCAAACCCAACCUGUCAUGCAGCAGUUACAGCAGCAGCAGCAACAGAUGCAAUUGCCACUUCCUCCGUAUCACAGGGAACCCGAUCCAAAGACUAUGCAUGAACCACACCAGUACUCUCAGGAUCCAAGUCAUCCUGUGCAGCUUAUCCAGUUGGGAGCGGUGCCUCAGUAUUGCUUCCAAGAUCCCCAUGAACAGUACAGGCACUUGUACCCCCAGAGUUUACUGCAGGAGCAGCAGCAGCAGCAAGAUCAGCAGAAGCAAUACCCAAAUGAGAGCAGAGUGCCAUCUCUGAACUCCCACGUUGGCCUCACUCCACCAGAGACCGUGGAGGAUCCUGCACGGCAGGAGAUGAACUCUGUAGGUAAUGCUGUCCCUCAUCGAACUCUUUUGCCACCCUCGGGGGUUCAUCUGAACAACAAAGGCUCUCAGCAAGGCUCUCCCAGCGCCACGUGGCCUCAGGUGCAACUGUCAGAUGGCAGACUGCUGCCGCUGUCCCCAGAACAAAGUGGCCAGAACAGAGAACUUCCUGAGAGAGCUGAUGCGAAGAACAAGCUAAUGUGUUCAAUAUGCUUGAAGGAGUUUAAGAGUUUGCCUGCUCUAAAUGGUCACAUGAGGUCACACGGAGGAGUAAGAGCAUCUCCCAACUUCAAACAGGAGACUAGCAAAAAACCUCAUCCGAGUGCUGUAAAAUUGGAAGAGAGCUUCAAACCGUUGCAGGACAAGAAGAAGUAUCGGCACAGACCUGAACCUCUCUUCAUACCUCCUCCUUCCUUCAACCUCAGCAUGUCCCACUCCGGUGCCACUCUGUACCAGAGUCAGCUUCGCUCUCCCCGUGUCUUGGGAGAUCAUCUGCUAGACCGGACACAUGAGCUUCCCCCCUACACUCCACCACCAAUGCUUAGCCCAGUUCGGCAAGGGUCUGGUCUCUUCAGCAGUGUUAUCACUUCAUCUCAUAGCACCUCACAUACUCAGCUGCCGCUUACUCCUCUGACACCAACUCCACGGGUGCUCCUGUGUCGCUCUAAUAGUAUUGACGGAAGUGUCAUUCCUGUGACACCUGGGCCUGGAGAACAGACUGUUGAACCACGAAUCAAUAUUGGGUCCAGGUUCCAGGCGGAUAUUCCUGAGUUGCAGGACAGAUUGCUAAUGGAGAAAGAUGUGCACAAGGCUACUUUGGUGUGGAAACCGUGGCCUGAACUGGAGAACAAAAUCUUCCAACAAAGAGUGGAAGACCUUUUAAAUAUGAGCUGUUCCAGUGUGUUACCUGGUGGAGGAACUAACUCAGAAUACGCUUUGCACUCUCUCUUUGAAGCCAAAGGAGAUAUUAUGGUUGCUCUUGAAAAGCUGCUGUUGAGAAAGCCAGUGAGAUUGAAGUGUCAUCCUUUGGCAAAUUACCACUACGCUGGCUCUGACAAAUGGACGCAUCAAGAAAGGAGACUGUUCAAAGAGGCAUUGUCCACCUACAGCAAAGAUUUCAUAUUUGUACAGAAAAUGGUUAAAUCUAAGACAGUUGCACAAUGUGUGGAAUACUACUAUACCUGGAAGAAAAUCUUGCGUUUGGGACGGAAACACAGAACACGUUUAGAGAAAAAAAGAGAUGAAUGCCUGACAAGUGGAGAAGAGGAAGUGUUAGAGGAAGAUGAGGAGAUUGAAGAAGACAGAAAGGAAGAAAGGGAAAUGCAGAAGUCUCCUGACCCACCAGCUAUCCCUCUUGUUGGACCUAUAGAUCUCCCUGCCCUUCAGGGUCUUCCGCUUUCUUCGUCCUCCUUCAUCUGUGAAAUGCCAAACUGUGGCGCUGUGUUCAGUUCCCGACAAGCGCUAAACGGCCAUGCUCGCGUUCACGGAGGUACGAAUCAGGUGCCGAAAACACGAUGCACCAUUCCAGGCACCAAGCAGAAAUCUGGUACACAGAGUGGAUACUGCUCCAUCAAGAGUUCACCUGCCCACAGCACAACGAGUGGUGAGACUGACCCAACAACAAUUUUUCCUUGCAAGGAGUGUGGCAGGGUCUUUUUCAAAAUCAAAAGUCGCAAUGCUCACAUGAAGACUCACAGACAACAAGAAGAACAGCAAAGGCAGAAGGCUCAGAAAGCUGCUGUGGCAGCAGAAAUGGCAGCCACUAUUGCAAGAACUACUGGGACAGCUGGGCAUAAUUUGAUCCCCAUGGAUCACAUGAGUUUGGUUAAACAUGUUGAAAAUGUUGGUGGCAUUGAUGACGAUGUUGUUCAGGAGCUGGGUGAUGUCAUGGAAGAGAAUGAAGUCAUGGAUGCUGACCUCUUAUUGGAUGAUGAAGAUGCAGAUCUACUGCAGGAUGAUGCUGAGUUGUAAAUAAAUUUGUUUGAUAAAGACAGCUACUGAGCACACCCUGAUCGGAUCAAUCAGGAAACAUGGACUGCUCGUUUAUUCCCCACUGAUUGUAAACUACCUGUUGGAAAAUGAUAAUUCUUUUAUCCAGGUCUAGGAAAAUGAAAUUGCUUUUUUUCCCUUUUUUUAAUUAAUUUGUGUUUUGGGGGAAGGAAUAAAUAAUUGGUACAAAUAUU